AUGGGGAACCAGUGCUGCGCCGGGCGGGACACCGCUUACAAACGGAAGGCUCAGGAGAAUGAGUAUGGUGGAAAGCUGAAAAACAUGCUUUCCUUUGGAACAGUGGGGGAUGACGUUGUUCGGUUUGAUAGAGCGUACGACAACAGCGACAUUGCCGAAUUCGUGCGCCUUUGCGAUUCCACUUGUGAGAUAGAGAAGCUGGAGGAACGAAUGCAUCCAUGGGCAGCUGACCCCGAAACGAUUGGGGCACUUGCUGCGACUCAGCUCGCCAUAUUUGCUUCACGCGAACAGGAGCCGCACCUUAAGGAUGAAAUUAGAGAGGCUGGUGGCAUAGAGGUCCUGGUAAAACUUUUGGCUUCUAAGGAACUUGACCGGAAACACUCGGCAGUUGUCGCGCUUUCCUUCCUAUCUGUCGACAACAGGGAAAAUUGUAUUGCGAUGUUCAAUGCGGGAGCUAUACCCUAUCUGAUCCAAGGCAUGAAAUCCGACAUCGAAGGCAUGCGAGCAGCUUGCGCGCAGACAGCUCGCAAUAUCUACGUCCUUGACGAUAAGUAUCGUCGGGCGUUCAUGAAAGGAGGCGGCAUAGCGCAGCUCGUGCGCUUCCUGGAUGUCUCCCCAGACGCAACAAACGUCUACACGCAACUGGAGGCUAUCUACCAUCUGGAGGAUUUGAUAGGCGAUGAGAAUGAAGAACGCCCCGAGUUUGUGCAAGGAGUGAAGGCAGCAGGGGCAAUACCAAAACUCAAAAAACUGCAGCAGCACCGAGACAAGGACAUAGCGGACGCCGCAAGCUUGCUGUUAGUACGCCUAGCAGACUAA